AUGACCUAUUUUAUGUUUUUGUUAUUAAUAGCUUUGGUUGUGGGCUUAGUUGCUGUUGCUUCUAAUCCUACGCCUUAUUUUGCUGCUCUUGGUUUAGUGGUUGCAGCUGGGGUUGGGUGUGGGGUAUUGGUUGGUCAUGGAGGUUCUUUUUUAUCUUUGGUUCUUUUCUUAAUUUAUUUAGGAGGGAUGCUUGUGGUUUUUGCUUAUGCAGCUUUGGCCGCCGAGCCUUUCCCGGAAGCUUGGGGGAGUCGUUCUGUGUUGGGUUAUGUUUUAGUUUACUUAUUAGGAGUUGGUUUAGUGGCAGGGAUUUUUUGAGGGGGCUGAUACGAAGGUUCAUGGGUGGUUGUAGAUGGGUUAAAGGAAUUUUCUGUUUUACGUGGGGAUAUUAGUGGGGUAGCUGUAAUGUAUUCGUCUGGUGGGGGUAUGUUGGUUAUUUGUGCUUGGGUAUUGCUUUUAACCUUACUUGUUGUGUUGGAGCUUACUCGGGGCCUGAGUCGUGGAGCUCUUCGUGCGGUUUAA